AUGCUCAACGAGAAGAGCAGCUCAAGUCGAUUAAACAGGCUGCGAACCUUAUCAAUGUCUCCCGAAAUCCUGCAUACUUGCAUCUCCCCAGAAGGCUCUGCUCUUAAAACAGCUAGCUACAAGUCAUCAAUUCCUGUGACAACUAGUCUGCAGAGGCUCGGGGCUUUUGGUGAGAGGGAUCCUAUGACUCUACACAUGCUAGGUCUACACGGAUCUGGAUAUGCGAAAAUGGCAAUCCAAAAUGCGGAUCUCAUUCUGGCACUAGGAGCCAGGUUAUACGAUCGGGUAACUGGGAAUAUCCCAAAAUUUGCUCCUAAAGCCCGACUUGCAGUCUCUCCCAAAAAUGUCAACAAAGUGGUAGAAGCCACUAUACCGGUGAUAGGUGAUUGCGCAGAGAGCCUUGAGCUUCUGUUACCUUUGACUAAAGUGACCAAACGACCUGAGUGGCUCUCGCAAAUUCAGGCAUGGAAAGAAAUAUAUCCAUUCCAAGCAUUCAACCAAAGUGGCAACGAGAUGAUCUUGCCUCAGGUGUUUAUUGAACGACUUAGUGAUGCUGUGGAACCUCUCAAAGAGCGUACAAUUAUUACUACCGGUGUCGGUCAGCACCAAAUGUGGGCUUCCCAGCAUUUUCGUUGGAGACAACCAAAAACAAUGAUCACAUCUGGAGGACUUGGUACGAUGGGAUAUGGGCUAUCCGCAGCGAUUGGCGCGAAAAUUGCUCGUCCGAAUGCUCUUGUGAUCGACAUUGACGAGGAUGCAUCUUUCAACAUGACUAUCAGCGAGUUGCUUACAGCAAGCCAAUUUGGUAUUGACGUGAAAGUCGUCCUUCUAAACAACGAAGAGCAAGGAAUGGUGACACAUCUUCAGACAGUCUAUUUCAACAAAAGAUUCUGUCAUAGUAACAAUCUCAACCCAGAUUUCGUGGAAGCCGCUCGCGCAAUGGAAAUUCAUGCCGAAAGUUGCUCUAGGAUCGAUGACGCGGACAAUAGAUUUCAGUGGCCGCUAGAAACUCUCGGCCCAGCACUUCUGGAGGUGAAGGUUGCUCAAAAAGCUUUGUCUCUACCCAUGGUGGCAUCAGUACGCGGUCUUGAUGAAUUCCAAUUCUAUGCUCAUUGA